AUGCCAAAGAUCGCUUUCCCCUCAUGGCAGGGUCUUGGAGGGCAAAAGCUGGGUGAGGCUGACUGGCACACCGCCUGCAGGUCUAAGCCCGAGUGGUGCAUCGAGAUAUGGGAUGACGUUUACCGAGCGUUGGUCCUUAACGCGGACAAGGCUGUUAACGAGAUCAACGGGCUUCUCGCUGUGGAAAAUGCGAUCACCUUUAAAAUUUUUGCUGAUUUUCUAUGUAUCAGGACUUAA